AUGUUGGGCUCCACCAUCCAGCGCAGGGCUUUCUCUGCCUCUGCCCGCAACCUGUCCAAGGUUGCCGUCCUCGGUGCUGCCGGUGGCAUUGGCCAGCCUCUGUCUCUCCUGCUCAAGCUCAACACCCGCGUCACCGAGCUUGCUCUGUACGAUAUCCGCGGCGGACCCGGUGUCGCUGCCGACAUCUCCCACGUCAACACAAAGUCCGUCGUCAAGGGCUAUGAGGCCACCCCCAGCGGCCUCGCUUCCGCCCUCAAGGGCUCCGACAUUGUCCUGAUCCCCGCCGGUGUCCCCCGAAAGCCCGGCAUGACCCGUGACGAUCUCUUCAACACCAACGCCUCCAUCGUCCGCGACCUCGCCAAGGCCGUUGCCGAGUCCGCCCCCGAGGCCAAGCUGCUCAUCAUCUCCAACCCCGUCAACUCCACCGUCCCCAUCUGCGCCGAGGUUUUCAAGGCCCGUGGUGUCUACAACCCCAAGAAGCUGUUCGGUGUCACCACCCUGGACGUUGUCCGUGCCAGCCGCUUCGUCUCCGAGAUCAAGAACACUGACCCCAAGGACGAGAACAUCACCGUCAUUGGUGGCCACUCCGGUGUCACCAUCGUUCCUCUCUUCUCCCAGAGCAACCACCCCGACCUCUCCUCCAACGCCGAGCUCGUCAAGCGUGUCCAGUUUGGUGGUGACGAGGUCGUCAAGGCCAAGGACGGUGCCGGUUCCGCCACCCUCUCCAUGGCUUUCGCCGGUGCCCGCAUGGCCGAUGCCCUGCUCCGCGCCGCUGACGGCGAGAAGGGCGUCAUUGAGCCCACCUUUGUCGAUUCCCCUCUGUACAAGGACCAGGGCAUUGACUUCUUCAGCACCAACGUUGAGCUCGGCCCCAACGGUGUUGAGAAGAUUCACCCCAUUGGCAAGAUUGAUGCCAACGAGGAGAAGCUCGUCGAGGCCUGCCUGGGCGACCUCAAGAAGAACAUUGCCAAGGGUGUUGCCUUUGCCCAGGAGAACCCCGGCAACUAA